AUGGCUUACAUUCUCGCGGUGAAUGCGUCGAUUCUCUCUGAUUCAGAGUACCUUUCAUGCCAGAACGAUCUGCGGCGCGCGUACGUUGUGGCGACCGCAGCGGCUGCGUGCAUUGCUUCGGGCCUCAUGGGCCUUUCUGCGAAUAUGCCCCUGGGCCUCGCCCCGGGUCUUGGGGCGAAUGCAUACUUUGCAUACACAGUCGUGGGCACUGCUGGCUCGGGCACAGUGAGCUAUUCGCAGGCCCUCGCUGUCGUUUGGCUUGAAGGGUGGAUCUUUGUCAUCCUUUCGAUUCUGGGCGUGCGCCAGUGGCUCGCGCGUGUCCUGCCCAAGUCGCUGAAACUAAGCACGGGCGCGGGUAUCGGCAUUUAUCUCGCACUCAUUGGUCUCGGACCCGGUGGUCUGAACGUCGUGGGCCUCGACUUUGACAACCUGCUCGGCUUUGCUGGAUGCCUGCCGCAAUACCGCGAUCCGGAGCACAGCAAUGCGUGCUUAUCGCAUGUGCUGCAGGAUCCCCGCAUGUGGGUAGGCAUAUUCCUGGGUGGUGUGCUGAUCACGCUUCUGCUCAUGUACCGUGUGCGCGGUGCGAUGAUCCUGGGUAUCCUGCUAGUCUCGGUUUCGUCAUGGCCGCGUGGCUCGGCGGUGACACAGUUUCCUAACGAUGCCCAGGGCAACGAUAACUGGGACUUUUUCAAGCAGGUGGCAACGUGGCGCAGCAUCAAUCCGAUCGGCCCCCACAACAUCGACUGGCAAGGGUACAACACGGGGCAUGCGUGGCUCGCGCUCAUUACAUUCUUGUACAUCGACCUGCUGGAUACUACAGGCACGCUGUAUUCGAUGGCGACGCACGCCGGUCUCGUGGAUAUACGCACGGGCGACUUUGAGGGCAGCUCCAUGGCGUACAUCUCGGAUGCCGUGUCGAUUUGCACCGGCAGCUUGCUGGGCUGCUCGCCAUGCACAGCGUUUAUCGAGAGCGCAGCGGGCAUUGCCGAAGGCGGUCGGACCGGCCUCACAGCGCUGACCAUCUCUCUGUUCUUUUUCCUGAGCCUAUUUUUCGCCCCGAUCUUUGCGUCGCUGCCCGCGUGGGCGACGGGCAGUGUGCUGGUCAUCGUCGGCUCGAUGAUGAUGUCGUCUGUCGCAGAGGUCAACUGGGACUACAUCGGCGAUGCGGUGCCCGCGUUCCUGACAAUCAUCGGUAUUCCGUUCUUCUACAGCAUUGCCUACGGCCUCAUUGCCGGCAUCCUGUCGUAUAUGGUGCUCAACGUCAUCCCGUGGGCGAUCGCGAGGGCGACACGGGGGCGACUCGUGCCCGAUGGCUGGCACGACCGGCGCGAACCAUGGGGCAUUGCACCGCCCAACACCUUCCUGGACACGUCCACGAAAAAGCUCGCGCCGUGGCAGCGCGCCGUCGUGAACCACAGCCUGCUCCCCCCGUGGGUCAAGAAGCUAUGCAUUGGCCAGUGGCGCUUCUGGGUCAUGACCGAGGCGGAGAUGGCCGACAUGCUCGAGGGGCGACGUCUCUCUCAGAUCUACCGUGAGCAGCUUGCAAAACGCCGCGCCGAGGAGCGCGAGCAGCAGCGCCGCGGCUUUGCGCCGCCGACCGACGUGGAGAAGGCCAGCGUGGAGCUCGCCUCCCUCGCGCCGACCGCGUGA